AUGAAGAAUUUGCUCCCCGUUAUCUCAUUUGCUGUUCUCACUGCGGCGCAAACGAUUGAGUUAGGGGCCCCAACCGACGGUGCGGUCCUGAGUAGAGGCAGUGAGUUUACUGCCCAGGUCUUGAAACCUGGAUCAUUGCAACCAUGUAUCGAGGUGGGAAUCGCUCUAGCUGUUAACUCCUGCAAUGAUGGCGUCUGCCCUCAGCCCAGCGACCAGUUGGGAAAUGUGCUAUACGCUGGCCCCUGGACGCCGACCGCGCAUCCUUCCAGUGGAAAUUAUCAGAACUUCACCCUUCAGGUACCGGAGUACAUGCCUGAAGGCCCGGCUACUUUUACGUUGACGCAUUUGUGCCUCAUUGGAGCCGGACCGGUUCCAUUGCUAGAGUUUCGAAAUGUAACAGUUACAGUCGAAUAA